AAUUUUUAGCAAUGAGAGAGAGAAGCUUUUGGCUAGGACUCGAGCAUGAACGCAGGGUACUCGAGGGAAGGUUGUAGGGUUCUUUUGGUGAGAGUGCGAGAAAUUCCGACAUGACACUUGCAAGGGGAAGGUUGCAGUGAUUUGUCAGCAAAGAACUCCGGCAAGGAAGAGAGAGGGCAUUCGUGAGGGUUGCAGGCGUCUGCCAGCGAAGGUUACUGCCUGGCUGAGAAAAGCGGGGAGCUCGCUGGAGUCCAUGGAGAUUCCGGCUGUAGUUUUGGAGUAGCUGAAAAUGGGGAAAGGGGUCCAAGUUGCAAGCAGGGAGCUGCCGGUGAACUUCCGCUGGUUUUCAGGGACUUUUCAGGGUGUGGAGGACGGGGAACGGCACAACAGUGGGUUCCCAGUAAAUGAAAGGGUUUCCCGAUAAGAAACCGAGAGUCAUCAGGUAGUGAACAGUCACUGGAAGUAAACGAAGGGUCUCAGGGAAGAUUAAAGAAAUUAGGGUUUUGUUGUGUUCGACGAUGGAGACGCUAAAGUCUCUGGUUCCCAUCCGUCUCAGAGAAAUGAUAGCUCAGAGUGCUCCUGAUGAUCUCCCUUCCACCUCUUCUUCACUCCUCGACUUCUUUCUCUCUUUUCCCCAAUUUCAUGAGGUAACAGUCUUCACUGUGCUGAGAGAGAGAGAGAGAGAGAGAGAGAGAGAGAGAGAGAGAGAGAGAGAGAGAGAGAUUUGUGUGUUCUGCUGUGCUUGUCUUUCCUUGGUGACAUUGCAGGUCUUGAAAGAGCUAAAUGAUCCAGAAACGGGUCUUUGUCGAAAGAAUCGUGAGGAUGCUCUGGUUUUGAAGCAGAAAGGGAACCAUUGCUUUUCUAAUGGGGAUUACCACGAGGCAUUGCGGUUCUAUACAAAAGCUCUGCGUAACACUCCCAUGAGUGAUGGAGAAAUUGAUAAAUGCUUCGUUGCCACAUUAUAUACAAACAGAGCAUCGUCCUUGCAUAAGUUGGGCUUGUUGGAAGAGUCAAUUCGAGACUGCAGUCGUGCCUUAUCAUUGUUACCAAACCAUGCAAAGGCUUGGUUUAGAAGAGGAAAGGUGAACGUAACUUUGAAAAAGUAUGAAGGUGCAAUCAAUGACUUGAAUGUAGCAUUGAAGAUGGAGAGCUCUUUGGUUGGGAAGAACCAGAUAAAAGAUGAGUUGCAUUUUGCAAUAAAACAGUCUAAGAGGAUUGGUGAAUCAAGCACUUCCUCUUGUAGAACAAAUGGGUUGGAAUUGGAACCCGAUGUUGAGCCAUCUCAAGCUGAAUUGAGUUGUGUCUCAACUCCCUACAAAGGAAGGGGUAUGACUUCAAAAAGUGACAUUCUUCCGGGUUGUAUGAUUCAUUCUGAAGAGCCAAUUGCUGCGAUAAUAUUGAAGCACUGUAGGGAGGCGCAUUGCCAUUUCUGCUUCAUGGAACUACCAGCAGAUACUAUACCCUGUUCAUCUUGUACAAUACCAUUAUACUGCUCUGACCAUUGCCUAGAGAAAGCAAGUGGAAAACAGCCUGAACGUAAGCAGAUCAAUGUCCAAGAUGCCAUCGAGAUCAACUUAUCUAUGAAUGCAAAAAAAGAGGAUUUUGCUGGUGUAUCCGAACAUGGACAUGAAUGCGGAGGUGUACACUGGCCUGCAAUUUUACCAGUUGACGUCGUUCUAGCAGGUCGUAUUUUGGUGAAGUGCUUAGAGAGACAAAAGUAUUUAGGGGGGAGCUUUGAUAUAAUAACAGAAUUGGGGCUUUGUCACAAUUAUAGCUCAUUGCCAUCAGAAAGCAAAGUGGAGUUGCACAUAUACUCCGUUGUGCUUGCGUACUGUCUUCAGAAGUCAUAUGCUUCUUUAGUCCCAUUCACAGGACCCUCAGUUUCACAGUUGAUUGUACUUGUUUGUCAAAUCAGGGUGAAUUCUAUGGCAAUUGUUUGCAUGAAAUCGUUUGAUGCUUCUGAUGAACUGAGAAAUAUGGGGAAACUGACAUUUAAGAAGGAUGCUUUAACAUCUAGUGUGGAACAGGUCAGAGUGGGGCAAGCAAUUUAUUUAAGGGGCAGUUUGUUCAAUCAUUCUUGUGAGCCAAAUAUUCACGCCUAUUUUGUUUCACGGACACUUUUUCUACGUUCAAUAGAGCAAAUACCUGCAGGGUCAUCAGUUGAACUAUCCUAUGGUCCGCAGAUUGGUGAAUGGGACCUUGCGCAGAGGCAGUUGUCACUGGAGAAUAAAUAUUCAUUCAUGUGUCAAUGCAGUGGCUGUUCCGAAUUGAACCUUUCUGAUCUUGUUUUGCAUGGAUUUCGGUGCGCCAAAGCGGAUUGUUAUGGUGCAGUCUUAAAUUCACCAGUGGUCAGGCAUAGGAAAUUAGUUGGCAAUUGCUUGCAAACCAUUGUGAAGAUUUCUCGCUGGGAGCUUGCUCUGCCACUCUUUGUAUCCCUACAGGAAGGGAAGAAGAAAAGAAAAGCCAUUAGUAAAGUGGCUCGCCAACUGUUGGAAGAAACUGAUGGCUUAUUUCAUAUAGAUCCUGGAUAUUGUUUACGAUGUGGAUCCUUUCAUGAUUUAGAAUCAGCUGGUGUAUCACUGAAGAAGAUUACAGCUGGCCUUGAAAGGUUGUGGGAUUUGAAUGGUUCGAAAGAUUUAAUUUCCAAUGGCUUGAGACAUCUGGAACUAUUGAGGUCUACAAUGCAUCCAUACAGUAAGGACAUUGCAGAGGCUGAGGAUAAAUUGGCCGAGGCAUUUUGUUCAGUUGGAGAACCUCAUUCUGCCAUGGACCAUUGCAAAGCAUCCAUACAGAUCCUUGAAAAGCUUUAUCCGCAGAACCACAUUGCCAUUGCAAAUGAGUUGAUUAAGUUGGCCUCCAUUCAGAUCUCUUUGAUCCAUCCUAUGGCCGCCAAAUGCACUGUGGACCGGGUCGAUAAAAUAUUGACCUUGCACUAUGGAUCCCACUACUCAAAACUAUUCCCAUAUGUGCAAGGCUUCAGAAAAGAAGUCUAUCAAACCCUCCAAGAGCCUAUCCCAUAAUUGCAGAUUGAUCCAGUUUUAUUUUAAGAUUGGUUGUGAAGAUUAGUAAAGAAGCAAAAUCUUGGAUUUGAUGGGAGCUAUGAUUGGAGACUAUGACCAGGCAAAGUACGUCCAAAGCAACAACAGAUUUCCAAGGUGUUUUUUUCUGGAGAUUUACUCUUUGAGUUAGUGGAAAUUUUCUAUUCAUUUAAGAGAUUUCCAAGGUAUUGGCAUACCUUGCAAGUUAUAAAGCCGUUCGACCUUGAGAUGCAUAGAUAUAGAGAAGAAAAAUAAUUUGAAGUCUUAAAAA